AUGGAAUACACUAGUCAUGGCGAGAAAUUCUGCAUAGAGGAUGAAAGUGAUUGUGUUAGCGACGUAGUCAGUUUAGAUGCUGAUGAACUUGAUGUUGAGAAAUUGGAUCCAAGUGGCCAAGAUGACUUGUCGGAUUAUGAAAAUGUAUUUGAUUUUACUGCAGCUGAAAUAGAGAACAAAGUUUUCAGAACGGAGGAACGUGCUUAUGAAUUCUAUAUGAGGUUUGGGAAGUGGCAUAGGUUUGGUGUACGCAAGGGAGACUAUGGGAAGGAUGACGACAUAAAUCUAAUUAGGAUGAGAUUCUUUUGUAAUAGAGCUGGGUUAAGGGAUGAAAAGCACUACAACAGAUUGGAUAGAAAAAGAUGUCAUAAGCCUGAGACGCGGACGAAUUGCCAGGCUAAGUUGUUCAUAUAUUUUGACAAAGAAAGUGCGGCAAAGGUUCAGCUAGAUGGUAUGCAAAGUUAUGGGCUACCUACGUCAAAGAUACUUGGGUACAUGGUAGGGAUUACUGGAGGGUAUUCACUAUUGGGUUUCACAAAGAAGGAUGCUUAUAACUACCUUGACCCGGACUAA